UAUAUACCACUGAGGCUAAAAUCUCACCUCAUGAAGAGGGAAGAUUGGCAAAGCUGAUCCUCCUGGUAGUGUUUCCCAAAAAAUCUCAGCUCUAAAUUAUGUGAACAUAUCCUUUUCCCUCUUCUAAUCCCUUGGUUAUUCGGAGCUCUUUGAUGCCUCAGUCUGCCCUUCUUUUAACCCUCUGGCUCAGAUGCUUCCUUUCACUCCUUUCUCCAGAAGGCAAGCAGCCUACCUCUACUUGCUUCAUCCCAGGGCCCUACACAGCGCUCCAUCUAGCCAAACUGGUUUGAGUCAGCCACACCCCUUUCCCAGCUCCUGGGGCUCUUCAGAUGGUGGCUGGCCACCCAACCCCAGCCCUGGGGCGGGGCUUGGAGCCCCAAGUCUGCUCCUCUCCACCCAAGCCAAAUCAAACCUGAGGCUGGAACCGAAACUCUCAAUCCCUCCAGGUCUAUAGCCAGGUGAUGGAGGACGAGGAGAAGGCAGUGGAGAGCUUGAUGAGCAACACAGAAGCUGCUCAUUCUCCAUCCCCCAUCCACUGCUGCUGGCUCCGCCUUCGCUGUUUGGCAGCCACUAGCAUUAUCUGUGGCUGCUCUUGCCUGGGAGUCAUGGCUCUUGUGUUUGCCAUCAAGGCAGAAGAGCGGCAUAAGGCAGGCCGGUCCGAGGAGGCAGUGCACUGGGGGGCCAAGGCCCGGAGGCUCAUCCUGGCUAGCUUUGCUGUCUGGCUUGCUGUCCUUGUUCUGGGUCCCCUGCUACUGUGGCUGCUCUCCUACACCAUCGCUCAGGCUGAGUGACCCUGGGUGGCCUCUGUUGAGUGUCAGCUAAGACCUCCUGAAUCCAGUUGGACAGUGCGGCACUGCUCAGUUCUGGUGACAGCUGUGCUCCUUCCUGGCUGGAAGGCUGGUGCCUGUCUCAAAGGCCUUUGAAAGAGCUCAUAGAAGGGCAGCCGCUGAGACUGAGGAGAGGUCCACUUACUCUGUUCUUCCAGUGUGCCCUUACCUUCUGUCUCCCCUGCCCCACUCCAUCUAAGGGGCCUCCACCCAGAGAAAUGAUUGAAGACCAGGCCUGAUUUUAUUAGAAGUUGUUUUAUAAUAAAAAACCUUUUUUGGUGGUGAAAUGUUCCUGUCUAAGUGCUUUUUUCUUACUUUUCCCUGGGUUUUUGGUGAGAGUCAGACUGGAUAUCUGACUGAUGGCUUAAGCCUGCACCUGGCCUCUAUGCCUCACCGACAUAGGAGUUCCAAGAGAAAGAAAGGAUUUUGUUUCUUUGGGAAAGUUCCCUUAGUGGGAAAACCCUAGCAUAUUUAUACAUCAACAGAGACCUUGAGGCCAGAGAGGAAAAGCAGUAGCAGUAGCUACUAUUCAGAAUAUUAACUGCCAGGCU